AUGACUGCAGCUAUCAGCAAUAAAGAACUUCUGCUUGGAAAACGUCCAUUGUCUCCUCAGCUUCUAACUUUUCUACAAGGAAAAAGUUCCCCACACAACCAAGCAGCUGAAGCAUCCCAGAAUGGCUGGAAUACCAGUAUCUUCCCAGUAGAGGUAGGGUGCAGUGGAUUUGUUGAUACAUCUUCCACGAGUUUGUUGAGAAAAAUAGGGGUGAAGGGUCACGGUCUCCAACAGGCCAUCAAGUCCAUGUCAAGUGCUCCCGAGAAAAGCAGUAACUGGCUCUGGAUCAAGCGUAAGGACUCCAAUUCUGCAGCAAGGCCCCAUCACUACAUGUUUUCUGUCUCCCUCAACAGGCAGAGAUCAAACCAACCAGAGUCCAGCUGUGAAUCCAUGGACCGGUCUAUGAGAGAGCCAAUAACUUACAAGGAAAGACAAACAUCAACUGAUCUGAGCACAUUUAAAUCAGAUCUCCUGAAGAAGUUUCAGUGUGUAUGUGAAGGAACAGCAAAGCAGGGAAACCCAACACUCCUGAAUGAGAUCUACACAGAGCUCUACAUCACAGAGAGUGGAAGUGGAGAGAUCAAUAAGGAGCAUGAGGUGAGACAGAUCGAGACACAGUCCAGGAGUGCAGCAACAGAGGACACACCGAUCAAAUGCAGUGACAUCUUUAGACCUUUACCUGGACAAGACAAACCCAUCAGAACUGUGCUGACGAAGGGAGUCGCUGGCAUUGGAAAAACAGUCUCUGUGCAGAAGUUCAUCGUGGACUGGGCUGAAGGGAAAGAGAAUCAGGACGUCCAGCUCAUAUUUCCACUGGCUUUCAGAGAGCUCAACUUAAUGAAGGACAAAACACUCAGUCUUUCAGAUAUUCUUCAUGUCUUUUUCCCUGAAACAAAAGAAAAGGAAAUAUCCACGGAUGAGUAUAAAGUGCUGUUCAUCUUUGAUGGUCUGGAUGAGUGUCGCCUGUCUCUGAACUUUAAGAGUGAAGGGAAACUGUGUAGUAUAUCUCAAUCGGCCUCAAUGGACGAGCUGCUGACGAACCUCAUUGAGGGGAAUCUGCUUCCCUCGUCUCUCAUCUGGAUCACCUCCAGACCAGCAGCAGCGGAUCUCGUCCCCUCUGAGUGUGUCCAUCGAGUGACAGAGGUACGAGGCUUCAAUGAGCCACAGAAGGGGGAAUACUUUAAGAAGAGGAUCAGUGAUCAGAGUCUGGCCAAUACAAUCAUCACACACCUGAAGUCCUCGAGGAGCCUCCACAUCAUGUGCCACAUCCCAGUGUUCUGCUGGAUCUCAGCCACUGUUCUAGAGAAGAUGUGCAGUGAAGCAGAGAGACGAGAGAUUCCCAAGACUCUCACUCAAAUGUACACACACUUCCUGCUCAUUCAGACCAACAUCAAACAUGAGAAGGACUAUGAGAAGAAAGUGAAAGAUAAAGACUUGAUUCUUAAACUGGGGAAACUGGCUUUCCAGCAGCUUGUAAAAGGCCACCUGAUCUUUUAUGAAGAAGACCUGAGCGAGUGUGGCAUUGAUGUGGCAGAAGCAUCAGUUUACUCAGGAUUGUGCACUCAGAUCUUCAGAGAGGAGUUGGGCUUGUAUCAGGGGAAAGUAUUCUGCUUUGUUCAUCUGAGCAUCCAAGAACAUCUAGCAGCACUAUAUGCACACAUUUACUUUACAAACAACUGCAUAAAUGCAUAUUGGAAGACAUUUAAUCCAUUGCCUGGCCUGCAUCAGACAGCUGUGGAUGAGGCUUUACAGAGUAAGAAUGGACAUCUGGACCUUUUCCUGCGUUUCCUUCUGGGUCUCUCAUUGGAGUCCAAUCAGACUCUCUUACAAGAACUACUGGCACAGACUGGAAGCUGCUCCUACAACAAAGAGGAAACAGUUCAGUACAUCAAACAGAAGAUCGGGGAGAAUCGCUCUCCUGAGAGAUCCAUCAAUCUCUUCCACUGUCUGAAUGAACUGGGUGAUGAUUCACUGAUGCAGGAGAUCCAAGAUUAUGUGAAAUCUGGAGAAAUAGGAGAAACCAAACUCUCCUCUUCACAGUGGUCAGCUCUGGUUUAUGUGUUGCUGACAUCAGAACACAAGAUGGAUGUUUUUGAUCUGAAACAGUUUAUCGGUUCACAAAAUACAGCAGAUGAAGUUCUUCAGAAGCUGCUGCCUGUGGUUAAAGAAGCCAGAUCAGUUCAGUUGAGGGAUUGUGGUGUUACAGAUGAAGGUUGUGCUGAUCUGACUUCAGCUCUGAGAUCAAACCCCUUACACCUGAGAAAACUGAAUCUGUCAGGGAAUAAUGUUGGAGAUUCAGGAGUGAAGCAGCUUUCUGAUCUACUGAAGGAUCCUCACUGUAAGCUGGAAAUACUCAGGUUGAGUAAUUGUGGUGUGACAGAUGAAGGUUGUGCUGAUCUGGCUUCAGCUCUGAGAUCAAACCCCUCACACCUGAGAGAACUGGAUCUGUCAUGGAAUAAUGUUGGAGAUUCAGGAGUGAAGCAGCUUUCUAAUCUACUGAAGGAUCCCCACUGUAAACUGGAAAUACUCGGGUUGAGUAAGUGUGGUGUUACAGAUGAAGGUUGUGCUGAUCUGUCUUCAGCUCUGAUAUCAAACCCCUCACACCUGAGAAAACUGGAUCUGACUGUGAAUAAACUAUGUUCCUCAGGAGUGAAGCUGCUCUUAAAUCUGAGAAAACAUCCACAUUAUAAACUGGAGACGCUUGAGUGA